AUGGCUGACCCUCCUACUUACGACCAUCUCUUGCGCUCCCAUUCAACUGAUGUUACUGCUCUCUUUUUCUCCAGCGACAACGAGCGACUAUACUCAGGCGAUGCCUCUGGGCGUGUCGUUGUUACCUCAACCCGAUCUCUUCGUCCCAUAACAUCAUGGCCAGCGCACACUGACAGUAUUCUUGGUAUUGAGGAGUGGAAAGACUGCAUUAUCACGCACUCUCGCGACCACAAACUGUUUAUAUGGACCCGCAUCCAAGAUUUGCCAGCUUCUGAGCGCGUUGGUGGCUCAGCAGCCUUUAACGAUCUACCCACUCCCAGCCUUGUCCUCUCUAUGGAUGUCAAUGCCCUCAAUUUCUGUCGGUUUUCCCUUCUGCCAUCCACACAGGAUGCCUUGAUUGCCAUACCAAACCUCGUCGAGUCUUCUGAGGCAGACAUCUGGUCCUUGCCUGCGCAAAAGAGGAUCCACGCUUCAGUUGGAACGCAGCGAAAACAGUCUAUAUUUUCACUGGAAGGUCGUGAGGGAAUGAAGACAGGUAUUAUAAUGUCUCUCCACCUCUUUCGGGCACCGCCCCCCAUAGAGGGCUCUUCGGAAGACCAAGGAGAACUACGUCUAGUUACCGCAUAUGAAGACGGUAGUGUCACCCUCCGACGAUUUGUUGGAAAUGGCACGCAUACUGGGCCAGACAUCGAAACUUCCAUUGAAGGGCGCGGCUGGGAGGUGAUAUGGCGCCAUAAACUUCACGUAGAGUCAAUCAUGGCCAUGCGUGUCUCUCGGGAUAACACGUUUGCGUUGACUGUGUCUGCCGACCACAUCGUCGGACGAUAUGAACUGCUAUCUGAUUCCUCUUGCAUCACUCAUCGAACAAAGCACCCUAAAAAUGGGUGCAUUGCCAUUCGCGAUGAUGGCCGAGUCUGCGCAAUCGGUGGUUGGGAUGGAAAAGUCCGCCUAUACUCAACAAAAACUAUGAAACCGUUGGGCACACUCCGAUACCACAAAAGUGGAUGCCAAGCGGUUGAAUUUGCACACACUCUCAACGAGCCAGUUGGUAAUGAAGACGAGGAAUUCACUUGGGCUGAACGGGAGGCGCGUGGCAGAUGGCUCGCUGUAGCGUCAAAAGACAAUCGGGUUUCCUUAUGGACUUUGAUCAGCUUCGAAAAGCGAUAG